CCUACAAAACAACGACCAAAUAAUCAUAUUAGGAGCUGACAAAGGACGCAUAACAGUUAUCAUAGACAGAUCAGAAUACAUAUAAUAUAUUAAUCCUAAAGCCUGUGACACACGACGUGGUCUCCGAGACUUUUGUUUCCGAGACAUGGUCUCCGAUACAAAACUUUCAGAAACUUAACAUGACAAACAAACUAAAUGUUUCUGAAACUUUGCGGAGUCAUUUUGUUUGUUUUUGAAAUAUGGCGGGAGACUACCUGACAGCUGCUACUUGUGCUGCCAUUGUUUUAUACAUAGCAAUUAAACAACGACGCAGAAGACAGAAAAAAAGAACUGUUUGGAUAAGAGAAUGGAUGAAAAAAAGACAGCAGUAUGGGGCAUGCCAGCAUUUAGUGAAAGAAUUGCGCUUGUCAUAUUCGAAUGGAUACAAAAAAUUUCUACGAAUGGAUCCGGAAUCGUUUGGUGUCCUAGAAAGCUUGAUUACGCCAUUAAUAACAAAAAAAGAUACAAACAUGAGACGUUCUAUUCCAGCAGGUGAACGUUUGGCAGUAACCCUACGUUUCUUAGCAACAGGUGAAUCGUACAGCAGCUUACAAUUCUUGUACAGGAUAGCUAGACAAACUAUGGGGCAAAUAAUCCCAGAAACAUGUGAUGCUUUAUCAGAAGUCCUCAAGGAUUACAUUAAGGUAAUUGUUUCCUCCAAAAAAUACAUAUAUUAACAUUAUCCUCGCUAAUUUAAUUGGCAAUGCAAAUACUUGUUGG